AUCUCAGCUCUCUCCUUCCCACUCUCAGCCCUCUUCCCCCAAUGAAACCCUAACAAAAUCUUAGGAGCUUCCGACCAAAAUUCCGUGGCUUUCUCAAAUCUCCUCUUGUUUCGAGUUCCUCCCGUCGGAUUCGAUCCCAAUCUACGUUAGGGAUUUCAUGCUUCAGACAAUUCGAUUUGGUUCCGGCUAAAUUUGGGGGGCAAAGAUCCCCUUUUUAUCCCUUCUGGUCAGUGGAGGAAAGAAGAGGGGACGAGAAUCCUAGCCACGGGGCCACCCGAUGAACGCCACCGUCUGCGGUGGAGGAAGCGGCCGUGGCGAUCCCCAGAUGCCGUACGGGCAGGACCAGGACCAGGAGGUCCACCACAACAGCGGCGAUGAUGGGUUGGAGGGGCCUCCCAGAUGCCUUAACUGUGGUAUUAGUGCAAAGUUUACAUCACAUAUGCGCCGGGGCCCCGAGGGACGAAGAACUCUGUGCAAUGCUUGUGGAAUCGCAUGGAAAAAGGGAAAACAGAGAAAAGUUCUUGAGUAUGAUGCUCCUAGUCAAGACGUAGCAAAUUCCAAUAUGGUGCCAGCAAUUGAUAUGGAAUUUGAAAGUGAAGAUAAGGCAUAUGAAUUUUACAAUAGAUAUGCUGGGAUGAUAGGUUUCAGUAUACGAAAAGGCUGGUUGGAUAAAUCGUCUGAAAAAGUUACCAGAUCAAGAACACUGGUUUGUUCAAGAGAAGGUUUCCGCAAGGACAAAAAGGGAGCAAAGGAAGUGAAGAGACCAAGGCCAGAUACUAGAAUUGGUUGUCCUGCUCGUAUGACCAUUAAACUUCAACCUACUGGUAAAUAUCGUGUCACUGAAUUUGUACCAGACCAUAACCAUCAGCCAGCACCCCCUUCAGCAAUGCACAUGCUAAGGUCUCAGAGGAUAACAACUGAAGUUCAAGCUGCUGAAGCAGAUUUAUCAGAUGAUGCAGGAACGACACCAAAAUCCACUAAAGAGCCUGCAGGCAGACAAGUUGGAGGUCUUCGAAAUAUUCGAUUUCUUCCUGCAGAUUAUAAAAUAGGUCUCCGAUCAAAGCGUAUGAAGGCUAUGCAGACGGGAGAUGCAGAAGCUGUGUUAAAAUACCUACAAAGCAUGCAGCUUUGUGACCGAUCAUUUUUUUAUGCCAUACAAGUUGAUGAGGAUGAUAAAUUGACCAACAUUUUCUGGGCUGAUUCAAAGUCUGUGACAGAUUUCAACUAUUUCGGUGAUGUAGUUUGUUUGGAUACAACUUACAAAGCAAAUGGAUAUGGUAGGCCGUUUGCUCCAUUCCUUGGUAUGAAUCACCAUAAGCAAAUUGUCAUAUUUGGUGCAGCAUUGCUAUAUAGCGAAACCACAGAAUCUUUCAAGUGGUUGCUUGAGACUUUCAAGCUUGCAAUGCAUGGAAAACAACCAAAGACAAUUCUGACAGACAAUUCUGUGGCAAUAAGUAAUGCCAUAGCUGAGGUGUGGCCAGGCACAAGUCACCGUCUUUGCAUGUGGCAAUUCUAUCAAAAUGCUAAUAAGCACCUAAAUCAUGUCUUCCAAGCUUCAAAAACCUUUGCAAAGGACUUCAGCAGAUGUAUUUAUGAUUAUGAAGAUGAGGAAGAGUUCUUAUUAGAAUGGAGAACAAUGUUAGAGAAGUAUGAUCUUAGAAACAACGAGUGGCUGGCAAAGCUUUUUGAAGAAAGGGAGAAGUGGGCUUUGGUAUACGGCCGGCAAAUAUUUUGUGGUGAUAUGGGAAGAACUCUACAGAAUGCUAACAUAAAUAGUGUCCUAAAGAAAUAUUUAAGUCCACAACUAGAUCUCUUGUCAUUUUUCAAACAGUAUGAAAGGGUGUUGGAUGAACAUAGGUAUGCGGAACUGCAAGCUGAUUUUAAUGCGAGUCAAAGUUUCCCAAGAAUUCCUCCUUCAAAGAUGUUGAGGCAAGCUGCUAACUUGUAUACUCCUACAGUGUUUGAAAUGUUUCGGAAGGAGUUUGAGAUAUUCAUGGAUUGUAUGCUAUACAGCUGUGGUGAGGUUGGAACAAUAUCCGAGUUUAAAAUAACUGUGGGUGAGAAGUCUAAAGAACAUUUAGUUAGAUUAGACUCAUCUGAUUGUUCAGUUGCUUGCAGUUGUAAAAAAUUUGAGUUUAUGGGGAUUCAAUGCGGUCAUGUAUUAAAAGUGCUUGAUGUGAGAAACAUUAAAGAGCUACCAGAACGUUAUUUCUUGAGGAGGUGGAGGAGAGAUGCUAAGGGUGGGACAGAAAAGGACCCUCAACAAGUUGCAAGUGAUGGCGACCCAAGGUCUCCUAUGACAACCUCAAUGCACAUGCUUUCAUCUUCAUAUGCUCAUCACCAAGGAUUUCAUGGCAUGACUCAAUUAAAUCAGGAAUCUCCACUUUCUGGUUUGCAUCAACAACAAUUCAAUGGAGGCACUCAGUUAGGUCAGGGUUACUCAACCCUGGACAUGCAGUCCCGUCAAAUCUUUGGUAGUUCUCAGUUGAACCAGUAGAGGAACAACCAUGGUCAUCGGGACAUCAUCAAUCUCAACAGUGGGUCAAUGGUUAUGCAUGGCAUGCGAGUCUUCAUCUAUUUUAUAAACAUCAAAAAUAUGACCCAGAAGAUCAAUUUGCUUCACUGUUUAUUCUGCCAAUAGUUGCUUAUCUGAACAUAAUUCAUAUAUUAGUUUGUCUGCCAAGGAGACAGUACCUUUCAAUUUCCUGAUGGUAUGCUUUCAUUUGAUGUUUUGUUCUUCUCCAAGUACAGGUAGAUUACUCCUACAAUUCUUGUUUUUCAAUGGCAUAAAGCAAUGGCAGGCAAGUCACAUGAGGUAGGAAUUUUAGAUGUCUGAUAUUAACACACUAAGCAACUCAAGGUGCAGCUGAAUGCCAGAAGUUCGGUUCUCAAAGGUGAAGACAGCGUGGAGCUUGAUAGGUGCGCAAAGUAUUAUCGUAAGGACUCUGAUUUGCUAUCUCAUGUGUAUGUCCAUCCAGUGUGGUUUAUCGCAUGUUCGGCAAGCUAGCUGCCAUUCAGUUGCAUCAUGUAUUAAGUACCAAUGCAACUCUGUUGUAGUUUGUAUGCUAAGAAGCCAGUUCUGAAAGCAUAUUUGAUUGUCAUACUGCAAGCUUAUGGGAUAUGUUGAUGAGCCUCACAAGAUGGCUUGUACAUAAUAACCGAAUUAACAUCUUUAUAUAGGAUUUUGAGAAUUUGGAACACAUUCUUCGA